CAUAAUAUUCCGUAUCAUACGUAUCAUGCUAUAACUAGUCUAGUUGCACCCUCCGGCAGUACCAAAACACAGUGGUGGGGGGCGAAUUAAAUAUACUACGGUUCCUUCACCCGGCGUUACCUGACUGACGCAUGAGUAGCGUCGACACUAAUAACUACGUAGCUAGCAGACCCUCUAUUGUCGGCCAUUCUGGGCAACGGUUCAAAGGGAGUCAGUCUCAAAAGAAGUUUUCAAUUUUUUUUUUCAUUUUAUUUCUCUUGUCAUAACCCUCACAGCAUUCACAUCAUGUCAGGAUCUAUGGUUAUUGGAAGCGAGGUAGAACACUCUACCUCGCCAGUGGCAUCACCAUUCAUGACUCCUCCAUACCCGUCCACCGUUGAUGAUGACCAGCUGGGGUGCAGCAUGCUCAUCCGCCAGGACCCUUUUUCCAUCACACUCGAUGCACCGGCUCUUCUCACAGUCACUCUUCUGCUCGUAUUGGGCAUGCACAUGAUCGAUCACCACCUUUUUGCUUGCCUGCUUGUUGGCACUCUUGCCCUUCUUCUCAUUCGUAACGACUACCACAACUUCCUCAAGCUAGGUCCAGGCGGCACACCCCCCACGAUUUUUGGAUACGCAAGGCUCUCAUGGUACCGACUCUUUGCCGUCAGAGACCCCUUUAGCGCUCCUGUCCCCAGUCGGAACCAUCUUCCUGCGUGUGGCAUCCUACGGGACCAGCCGCUGCCAUACCGACCCGGGCCCCGUCCUCUUGUGGCUGGUCUUGCACCCCAAAGACAACUUGACCAGUGGGGUCCUGUUCGCUGUGCUGAGCAGCUCAAGACGGCCAUCGAACGGGCCACCGUCCAAUUCCCUCAGCUCUUGGGCACUGCUACGUCGAGCAUUGAAAAGCAUGGAUUUGCCCUCUUUGCCAGGCAUCCUGUCAAUGUGCACGGGAACGGCGAGGUGGCGCAUGUCCACAGCUCAGACAAGUCAUUGCACCUGAACCUGCACCCUGACGAUAUUAAAGAAGUCUUACAACGAGGAUGGGGCCAACGCCAUCCAUUGGGCUUUGGAAGCAUCAGAGGCUGGGUCGAGUCACCUGUGCCCAGUACUUUUGUCAUGAUACUCACAGAUGAAACGGACUUGCGUAUUGUAUGCAAGAUUGUUGAAGCUGCUAUCUGGUACACAGCCGCAGAGAGAAUCAGCCUAGAGCUUCCAUGUGAUUCUUGAACAACCAACACCCUCCCAGCCAUUGGUCAACCAGCGACCAGAGGCUGUCACGUACUGGGAAUAAGAUGGUUGCCUUCACAUACUCGAGUCCAACGAUAACAAUGAAUUUGCUCGCCCCGAACAAGGACUAUCAAGCCACAGCACUUAAACGGCUGUGUCAGCAUUGUUUACAACGCCGAAGGCCCGCAAUUUUACGCUACCUACCAUUCGUACUGACCCUGAAAAUCAGUAAGGCAUAACCACGUCAGGGGCUACACCAUUUUCAAUUCACCUCUCAAACAUCAUAGCACUCGAAAUUAAAUGCUGGAUCCAGUUAUAGUCGUUACUGUUACCAGCCAAAGCCAUCAAACUUUUCGCACCACAACUUUUAAGGACACAAACGAUGGGUAGCUUUGGGAUUACGACUUGAAAUGAAGGUUUCACGGUUAUGGAGAAAAAAAAAUCAAGUAAAUAAAUAACGUGAAAUCAAACAACGAAGCUUGUCAAACCUAUCCGUUAAGGAUUCCAUUUGCAAAGAACCUACGUGGAUAGCUAGCUAACUUGCUCCAUAUAAAAGUGUUGGGCCAGAACCCCCCCCC